CGCAUUUGGCCUGUGGUCCUAGACAAGCCCCUGGAAGAUCCCAUCAGACAUGUGGCACCGACCAGGACUGGAAGGUAGCCAGAGUCCAACCUGUCACAGUUUCUAGCCCCAGCUCACCCCAGAAACCAGCUUUGAGUCGCAGUACCAGUCUCACAGAGAAGGACCUGACAGAGGCCAGGGCGCAGAGCCAGCGCAUCGCUGCCCAGCUGACCACCCCUCCCAGCUCCAACUCCCGAGGGGUCCUGCUCUUCCACAGGCGCCGGCAGAGAGUGAACGAGUUCACGUUUGAGAGCAUUGGGAAACAGGGGCCGGCGCCUCUCCCCGGGCACCACUCCCUGAACCUGCCUGCUGAGAGUCCGGACCAUGUUCCAGAACUCUGCUUGAAUCCCACCACACACAGCCCGCGCCCAAGCCCCUCUGCGCCCCUUGGAAUCCGGGCCCCGCAGGCAGGGAACCCUCGCUUCGCCAUGGAGGGGCCUGGGGAGAAGGCAGACGUCCUGACGCAGAGACCCCUGGAGAAGGUGGCCAGCGAGGAGGAAGAGAUUCCUUUGGUGGUCUACUUAAAGGAAAACGCAGCCUUGCUCACGGCCAACGGGCUCCACCUCUCCCAGAGCAAGGAGCCUCAGAAGGAGCCGUCAGCAGCCGAGGCAAACGCUCUCCCUCUGGACGUUAAUCAGAACCCUUCCCUGGCCGAGACUGCACCCACCACGCUGGUGAGUGAUGUGAACCAGAACCCCCCGGUGACGGACGGGGGGCAGAAGGCCCCGGCCCGCGGCACCCAGCCUGGCGUGUCCGAAGCCCGGGGCCCGCGGGACAGCCCCGUGCGACUCGGAGCCCAGCGCUCUGCUCGGGGACGAGAGAGCCCGCCCAGCAGCCCGGACGCGAGUCCCAGUGCCCUGAUUAACGAAGUAAAGCCGAGCGCCGUGGCCCCCAACAGCAGGGCCAGCCCCUACUCUGAGGCCCUCCCCGGCCCCGUCACGAACGUCUCAGAUGUCAAGUCCAGCAUCUUGGUCAUUGACGUCAAGCCCAGUGCCCCGGCAGCGGGGCCGGAGCCGUCUGGACCCGCUGUUGGCGCCUCAGCCCCCAAGCAGCACAGCGAAGUCCACCUCACCCUGGCCAGGCCACAGUCGGUGGUCAACAGGACGGCCAGGCCGUUCGGGGUCCAGUCCCAAGGGAUCGACAGCCAGCUGGAACGCAGCCCCAUGCUGGAGAGACGCCCCCUGGGGGAGCGGGGCCCCAGAGCCCCGGCCCACCCUCUCGCGCAGAGAAGCCCCCAGGUGCAGAGGCACACUGUGAUGGUGAGGAGCCCCAUGGUGGAGCGGAGGCCCCUGAGGGAGAGCAGCCCCGCCAUGGAGAGGGGCCCGGGGAUGGAGAGACCUGGGAUGGGCCAGAGAAGUCCUGUGCUAGAAAAGCGUCCCCUGGCAAACUUCACUCCGCCCCCCACCUACGCGGAGACCCUGUCCACGGCAGCUCCAGGCUCGAGGGGUAGAUCCCCCCCUUCGUACUCUGUUCUGUAUCCCGGCACCGAACACAAACCGGCCCUUCUCAAGGGGCCGAGCUACGGGGAGGGCCGAUCCGCGUCUGCGACCAAGACCGGCAUCUUGGAGGAGUCCAUGGCCCGCCGGGGCAACAGGAAGUCCAUGUUCACCUUCGUGGAGAAGCCCAAAGUCACCCCCAACCCGGACCUCCUGGAUUUGGUGCAGACGGCCGAUGAGAAGCGGAAGCAGAGGGACCAGGGGGAGCUGGGCCCCGAGGAGGAGCCGUUUGCCCUUGGGGCUGAGGCGUCCAACUUUCAGAACGAGCCCCCUCCCCGGGACUGGUCGAGCCCCACCUCCGAGGACGCCCUCCCAGAGUGGUCUUCAUGCCUGAAGUCCCCCAGCAUCCGGGCCAAGCCCCAGCCAAAGCCGAACCAAAACCUCACUGAGGCCACGGGCAAGGGAGCCGAACUGUACGCCCGGCGUCAGUCCCGGAUGGAGAAAUACGUGAUCGAGUCGCCAGGCCACGCUGAGCUGGCCCGCUGCCCGUCUCCCACCAUGUCCCUGCCUCCCUCCUGGAAAUACUCCAACGCUCCGGGGUUCCCGGGGGGCUUCCGGGUGGCGAGCCGGAGCCCAGCCCGGACCCCCCCUGCAUCUCUGUACCACGGCUACCUGCCGGAGAACAGGACUCCUCGCAGGGAGGCAGAGCCCCCCAAACAGCAGCCUUACCAGCUGCAGUCCUCGCUCUUUGUUCUCACUCCCUCCAAGGAGCCGGCCAAGGCCCCGGCCAGAGCAGCCUCACCCGCCAAGCCGGUGUCUCUCGAUCUGGAACCCGUGGGGAGGCUGGCCCCCUGCUCUUCUCCUGCCCUGCCUCGGGCGGCCCGCUCUUCGCCUGGCCUGUGCCCCUCGCCGGUGGGUCUCAUCCAAGAUGUCAGCCAGACGAGCGGAAGCAGCCCUACCUUUGGAGGCGAAGUCUCCCCGGUGUCUCCUUCCCGGGCAUGGUCUCCGAGAGCCAAGGGCCAAGCUCCCAGACCCUCCUUCUCGACACGGAAUGCGGGGAUUGAGCCCCAGGUGUGGAAGCCUUCUUUUUGCUUCAAGUAAUGGGGUUGGCUGUGGGCCCGAGUAGGGUUCCCACCACCCACCAAGACCAUCAAUCAAGGGUGCUGGAGGAAUGAGGGAGAUGAAUCGGUUUGGAGGCCGGAAAGCCAGUAAUCGGCAGGGGAAGGCCUCGCCCCAGCCGAGGGGGUUCGGGGAGCAUGCAGGGUCUCGGGGAGGCCCCAUGCCAGCGUCUUGCUGGGAGACAGACAAGCUAGCACCCCCAAGCUUAGGGAGCGGCUAGGGCCUGCUGGGCAGUUCCCCCCUCCCCACGGAGGGCCAGCAGACCGAGGGGGGUGGGGGCAGGGUCGUCCUACAUCGCCUGACAGACGGUGGGAAGAACCUGAUAAGGAGCAGAAAGUCCUGAUGCCUUUCCUGUCUGCUGCUGCUGCUGCUGCUGCUGGGCCCCCCUCCUGGGGCCUGUUUCUGCCUUCUCCUCUUCUAGCUUUGUGAAACCGUUUACAUGUUAGCUUCGGAGAACUCUUCUGGUUUUCUCAGCCUUGUUCUUCUCUGCUGCCUCUCCCACAGAGGGGAGGCUGAGCAACUCUGGCUUUUCUCUUCUGGGGGACUUUCCCUUUAUCCGUCCCUCCUCUAGGACACUGUCUCUGCACAAUGCCAGAAGGCAAGGGAGGCAUCUUCAGCUGCAUGUUAAAGACUCUACCUGUGAUGCUCCAGUUCUCCCCAAGUUUGAAUCCUCUCUGUGUUCUUCAUGCCUCUGUCCCCAUCCUAUAGCUUGGGAUGAAAUGUUACCCUAGCAGUGGGUCCCUUAAAGGAAGCCUCAGGGAUAAGGAUCCAGAGGAGGAGCCAGAUGUGAAUGAGUGGUUAGAAGGGGAAGAGAAACCCAGGCAUUCAUUUCCCAAGGGCACUUUGCUGGCAAAAUCUCAGCUGCUUUUCCAGCUGUGUGCUCAGCUGGAUCUUCUCUGUAGGAACUAAUAGCAACUCCUUUGUGGUAGGCAAAGCCCCCCAAGGCAAGGGUGGCCAAGUCAAUCCAGCUUGAGGGCCUGAAGCUGGUGGAGGAUGACCAGGUUGGGCUGGGAACUUGGGAGAAAGACAUUCCCAGGGCAAGGUGAGCCCCUUGAGGAGGCAGCAGGAGUUGAAGAGGGAUGUUGCCAUCAGAGGGACUGAAGCUAGAAGUCAGAGGGUAUUUUCUGAAACAAGAAGGGUCUGGAAUUGGCUUCUGAAGGUCACAUGGUCUUGUUCCUCAAGGGCCCAGAAGUCCAAGUCAGACAUUAGUCUUUGGGAUGGAUUGAAUUAAGGCCUGGAGCCAGGGCACUGAUCUUCAUGGCCUUUGCUAGUGGGAAUCUGAGAUAUUAUGGCCACAUAACUUUUUUUCCCUAUGUGGUGAUUAGGGACCAGAUUGUAGGUGGGUCCAUUGUUGGCCAAAGAAGGUAGAAAGCUUAAGUGUCUGAGACAAGGGGAUUUGGAGACAGUAGACACUACUGCAAGCCGUCUGUGGCCUUACCGAUUCUCCAGGGGAGUGACAGCUCCAUGGGCAUGCAGGAGGAAGGAUAAUGGAACGGUAGGGAUGCCAGGUAGGAAGUCAGGAAACUUGGGGGCUGCCUCAGCCUGAGUGUGACUGGGAGCCACUUCUUCCCUUCUUAGGGCUUGAGUUUUCCAACUUAAAUAUUUUUUAUGGGAGGGAAAUAGAGCAGAUGAUUCUAAUUCAUUCUAUAAUUUUAUGGAGCUUUAGUGCACAAAGACCUGGAUGGGACGGUGUCAUGGGGAUGGUUCUCUCCCCUAGGGAGUCUAUCUCAAAUGAAGUUUUGGGAGGGCAGAGUUAUGACCUGGAGGGAUAUCUGCAGAAUCUCCCUCCUCCUCUAGGUCUGGGCUCCUGAAAGCUUGGGGAGCCCACGCCUGAGCUUCCUGAGCUGUCUCUAUGGGAACCCGGGGGUGCCUUCCUCACGAGCUCAUUCCACUGAGGGAAUGGAAAGAGAGAACUGGGAAGAGGGUUCAGAGCCUGUCACUGGCCCUGCACAUACACACAGCCCCUUCCAGGAUGGAGAACAGGACCACCUUGCCAUGGAAAGUCUUCCUGCCUAGAACUUCAGGCAUGGAGCCAUCCAAAGUAUCCCCCACCCUCUGAACAGACACUUGCUUUGUGGUUUGUGCUGCUCCUGUUGGCCUCCUCCUCUGCCUCUUAAUACAUCUCAAACCUGGUUCACUUCUCA